AUGGCGUUUUUGUUUCCUCUUCUAGAGGUGGCUGGGACCGCUGGGGCCGCGCGCUGGAUAAAAUCCCACCGUCGGAUGUCUGGGCUCUUCGUCUUCUUCUGCUCGCCGGCUGCCCGGGCCUCGCAGAGGGGAGCCAGUCCGCUGGUCCCUGGACAGGUCGGCGGCUCCCGUGCUCGUUGCCGCGGCCGCUCCACCACUGCACCACCGUUGUCCCCGCUGUGUCUGGCCAAGGCCAUCCUGGGCUUCAGGAUGGCAGCUGCUGUGUUCGCGCCUCACGCUCGCGAGUCUUGCCACGUGGUCCAGAUCGGCCGUGUGCAUAAUUGCCGUUCUGAGAGCUGUUGCAAGUUUGCGAGCUGCGCAUAUCUUCGCGCGGCUGGCGCCAUGUGA